UUCUGCUGUGAGUGCAGCAGGAGGCACAUUUAGUUCUGUUUUAUCCUUCGAAGAAUAUGAUCAUUAGAGUGUCUUAAAAUUCGAUAAUGAGUUCUGUUGGUUGCUUAAAAGUCCUUGUUUGUGUAUUUUGUUCGUGGUUGAACGUUUAUGUGUUGGCAAGCAAUGUGGGACUGUAUAGUGUAGUGGCGCCCGGAUCCAUAGUCCCCAAUCGGGACUUCAAAGUAACCGUUGCGGUUUAUCACAUCAAGGAACCAGUCACCCUGAAACUUGCCAUCUCAGGAGAUUCGUAUAAUGCUUCCCAGACCGUGGACCUACCCACGGACCGAGAGAUUAAAGAGGUCACCUUUAAAGUGCCUGACCUUUCCUCGGGUCACUAUGCGCUGACGGCUGAAGGAGUGUCGGGGAUUAAGUUUCAGAACUCCAUUGGUCUUUACUACCAACACGAUGCUCCGGUGACCAUCAUACUAAUUGACAAGGACGAUUAUAUCCCUGGAGAUAAGAUUAACUAUCGCGUUUUGGUACUAAAUGAACAACUUCGACCAGAUACUUAUGCCGAAGAUGUGGUUAUCUGCCUCUUGGAUCCCGAAAGGAACAAGGUCGAUAAGGCCAGGAAAAGCAAAGUGAGCGACGGAAUAUAUUCCGGGCAGUUUCAGUUGUCCAAGAAGGCAGCUCUUGGGCAGUGGGAGCUGAGACUCGAAGAUGCUGAUGGUGCCGAGUACGGAGCUCGAACGAGUACAUUCACCUUUUUUCACGUAAAGCCCGAGGGGCUGCCAAGGUUCUCGGUUCAGAUAGAUACCCCAAAGUUUGUCAGUAUAAAGGAAAACGAGAUGAAGAUAGUGCUUAGAGCCAAGCACUCGUAUGGAAACCCCCUGAACGGAAGAGCUGAAAUAAAGAUUAAGUUACACACGGAAAAGAAAAAGGAUAACCUUUAUAAUCGCACAAUAACAGCAAAAGGUGCCGUGUUCAAAGGUCUGGCGACCUUUCACAUCGAUCUGACCGACAUUGCCAAGCACAUAGCUCCUAUCCAGACCACAUAUAUAGCCACAAUAAAGGCGGCGGUGGAGGAUGAUGAUAGUGGGGAAGUAGUCACUAAGACUACAUACGUUUACUUGCUUGAAAAUCGCUAUAUUGUUACAUGUGCAGAUUAUUCAUGCCAAAGGCCGUGGAAAGAAAAGGACAACAAGGUUCUUAUAAGGAUUACAAACCUAGAUGGAUCUCUGGUAUCCGAAUCCAAGUCACCGGUUAAGCUUAUUUACAGCGAAGGAGUGGAAAAAGUGGAUUACUAUUUCAGAAAAUUGAGUGAAGUUGACGAAAAGAAGCGUUUUGAGUUCGUCGGCCAGUUGGAUAAAUCGGGACUUUACGAAUUCAAGGCAAACCUCUCUGAUUUCCCAAAAAAUGAUAAAUACUUGGCAUACUACGAUAUAUCAGUGGCGUAUAAGGGCGAAGAACAUCGAAUCCAGCAAACAAUCCCACAAUCGAUGGGCUUCAUGAUAGAUGUGACCAAUGCUUAUUUCACACCUCGGAUAGAUGUGGAUUUCUUCCUCCAGAUACAUGGACGCAAGAAUGACAAAGGCUUCCCAGCUGCUUUGGUUGUUGGCGAUGAGUUCCGGGUGACCCUGAAUUCCAACGAACCCAUCAAGUACUUCAUAUACAACAUAGUUGCCCGUAGUCUCAUCCUCCACACCGAAAGAGUUGAGUUCGACGAGCCCAAGACGGCUUACAACUUCACCUUGAAGGCUACGCAUCUCACAGCGCCCCAUUUCAAUAUCUACGCCUACUAUGUGGACGAUCAGGGUGUCCUUCAGCACACCAAGUCUCAAUACAAAGUUCUCAUGAGUCUUGCCAACGAAAUGAGUAUAACUGCACCGAGCACUGGACAUCCUGAAGAAGACGUCAAGCUAAGAAUCAGAACGGAACCCAAUUCCUACGUCGGCAUCCUGGCGAUCGACGAAAGGAUUUCAGGGAGGAUAAAGACAGAUGUUAUAAAACAUGACAAUCUUGAUUAUCAUUUCUAUACCAAUAAACUGUCAAAUGCUUUGUCUUUUGACAAGCCCCCAACGGAGCUUCCCAGGAAUCAUGACAUAGACCUGUCCUAUUUGGAAGACCAAUUGAAGGAUGUCCAUUUGCACACCUACCAAGAUGUUCCCGGAUCGCGUCUUGGUCUAGUCACCAUGACCAACGCCCAGAUCAAGGAAAGAAUCUUUCGAUAUUUCGACAUGGACAAAGACGUAUCCGCGCGAUCGAUGUCGGCCAAAAAUGGAAAAUCUGCCCUACGAUAUCCCUUGAAACCUACGGAAACUUGGCUGUUCUCGGAAAUAAGAAAAUCGCAGAACGAGGUGACGGACCUGGAAAUAAAGCUACCCGACACCUUGGGCACUUGGAUAGUCAAGGGUUUCUCUUUGCAUCCGGAAAAAGGAUUGGGUAUCUUCCAAAGUAACCUUACACAAAUCAGAACAAUCAAGCCCUACUCGCUCUUCGUUCACUUGCCGUACUCAGUGAAACUAGGAGAAACGGUCAGGAUUCCGGUUCUGAUCGUCAACCAUUUACCCGAUCCUUUGAAAGUGCAGUUAGCACUGGACAAUGAAGCAAAUGGCUUCGAAGAUUCCUUGGAAUAUAGCCAGACCCAACUCGUUGAAAUCGAGGAAUACGGAGCCAAAAGCGUGUUUUUUAAAUUCUGCCCCAAGUACACAGGAAACUUUAUUCCACUCGAUUUUAGGGCAACCACUUCAGUUGAAAACACAACUUUUUAUAAGUCGCUAAUGGUUAUCGAAGACAAAGGAAGAGACAUCGAAUACAGCAAUCGCGCCAUCUUAGUGAACCUAAAGGACAAUCAGGAGUACAGAAGCAGCUUCCAAUUUGACCUCCCAAACUCCAGACUGGUCCAGUUUAGCUUAUUCACUGACCCCCUCGGUCCGAUCCUUCAUAACUUGGAUAGAUCAAUAGCGCAUGGCACUGGCGAACUGACCAUGUCCAAAAUGGUAGUCAACUUAUUGGUGUGGAACUACCUUAAUCGAACCAAAAAGCUCGACGAAGCUUUGGACACCCGAAUCAAAGGUAACUUAAGAGAGGGCUAUCAAAAUAUACUAAACUAUUUGCACGAAGAUGGGAGCUUUAGCUACUUUGACCCUCCGAAAGCCAACGGAUCCAUCUGGUUAACCUCUUACGUGCUGCGAUAUUUGGGCGACAUUAGGUCACUCAUAUAUAUAGAUCGUACAAUUUUGCAAAAGGGAUACGACUUUCUGCUGAGCCGCCAGCAUGAAGACGGAAGUUUCACGGAGGAUUUCAAAUACUUCUCAAGAUCCGGCAGUUCUCUUUUCUUCACAUCCAGUGUCCUGUUGGCUCUGCAGAAACAAGCCACACCCAAUACGGUAGCCAUACACAAGGCGGUGAGUUUCCUUAGAUCUCAGCUCGAUGAAACAGCUGAAACAGUGUCAUUGGCCAAGUCGAUGGCCAUAUAUGCAUUGCAAAAGUCUCAGUCUCCGGAAUCUGAUAAGCUUGUGUCGCAACUUAGAUCCGUGGCAAUGCAGGAAAAUGAUCAAAUUUGGUGGACAGAGGAUGUGCAGAACGGAAGUCCUCAAGAUGUCGAGAUCACCUCAUAUGCCCUGCUCGCCCUCAUGGCUUCGAAAGUGGAUAAGCCAGAGUCAGCAAUCAGCACCGUUCGAUGGCUCCUGGCCCAGAGAAAUAUUCAUGGGGAUUUCGAGUCCAGCCAGAAGACAGUUGUUGGUCUCACAGCUCUGAUUGAGUUCGCUGAAAAGUGGGGCUACCAGCAAAACGCUUGGGAAGUGAGCAUCAGCAACGAAGACAUAUCCGAAAGAUUAGUGCCGUGCAAUCUGUUGACCCAGACGAUUAACUUCCCUCUGGACACCAAGCGCCUGGAGGUUCGGGCAAAGGGAACUGGGGCAGCUCUCAUCCAGAUUAGCUAUGGGUACGACGUCGAGGAGAAGGAGACGGAGGCCAAUCCUAGCUUUGGUAUUCAGACUACGCUCAAAUCCGGCAGCUUGUCAUCGAAAAUGGAGCUAGUCGUGUGCGUGGAGUUCGUGGAGAGGAGCACAAAUGCCUCGAAUAUGGCCGUCAUGGAGGUGUCCCUGGCCUCCGGAUACAGCGCGGAUAAAUCGAGCUUCAAGAGAAUUCGGGAUGUCGAAGGAGUUGGGUCCGUGGAUACCAAGAACGAAGACUCCGUGGUCAUCGUCUACUUCGAAAGUCUGGCCAAGAAUGAAAGCAAAUGCAUUCCCGUCGAGGCGUACAGAACACUUGAAGUGACCAAUCUUAAGCCUUCCAGUGUAGUUAUCUAUGAUAAUUAUGGCCGGAAGGCAACCGAAUAUUAUCAACUUAAAGUGGAGCUCGGCGACUUUAAAGGCACUUAAAGUUCCAGUUUGGAGUCCACAGCCCCGUAAAUCAAGCCAUGUCACUUUAAUCAGGGCACCCGCUUCCUAUAGCCCGCAUUUUUAUGGCACUACUCGAAGUUAAAUCCAAUAUAGCUUAAUCACCUUCAAUGUCAGAUCGCAGAUAUGAAACUGCCGAGUCAGCAAUAAAUAUUUGCAAACAUUGCGCUA